CCUGCGGCGGAAAUGGUCAUUCUCCGAGGCAAGCAGCCCACGCCGCGCACCGGUGGGAUCCUCGCCAUGGCGAUGGGGGGCGGAGGUGGCGGCGGCGUCCCGGAGCAGGAGGACUCGGUGCUGUUCCGGCGCGGCGCCGGCCAGAGAGGAAGGGAGAGGGAUAGAGAGUUAGAAACAUCGAUGAGAGAGAAACAUCAAUCAACUGCCUCCUGCACACUUCCUACUGGGGAUGUGCCCACAACCAAGAGUGAUGAUUCUGACAUUUGGGAUGAUACAGCACUGAUAAAAGCAUAUGAUAAAGCUGUGGCUUCAUUUAAGCACGCUCUAAAGAAUGGUGACAUUUCUGAAGCUUCAAAUAAACCAAAAGGCACCCCUAAAAGAAAACCUGCUAAGAAGAAUAAAAGCCAAAAAAAGAACACCACAACUCCCUUGAAGCAGUGGAAAGUUGGUGACAAAUGUUCAGCCAUUUGGUCAGAAGAUGGCUGCAUUUACCCAGCUACCAUUGCUUCAGUUGAUUUUAAGAGAGAAACCUGUGUUGUGGUUUACACUGGAUAUGGAAAUAGAGAGCAGCAAAAUCUGUCUGAUCUACUUUCCCCAACGACUGAUGUAGCUAAUAAUAUAGAACAGAAUGCUCAGGAGAAUGAAAAUGAAAGUCAAAUUUCAACAGAUGAAAGUGAGAACUCCUCCAGGUCUCGUGGAAAUAAACCAAAUAACAUCAAGUCAAGAGCUGCUCCAUGGAACUAUUUUCUCCCUCCACCACCCCCCAUGCCAAGAUCAGGACUGGGACCAGGAAAGCCAGGUCUAAAAUUUAAUGGCCCACCACCACCACCACCACCACCUCCACCUCCACCACCUCCCUUCCUAUCAUGCUGGCUGCCUCCGUUUCCUUCUGGACCACCAAUAAUUCCCCCACCUCCUCCCAUAUGUCCAGAUUCUCUUGACGAUGCUGAUGCUUUGGGAAGUAUGUUAAUCUCUUGGUACAUGAGUGGCUAUCACACUGGUUACUAUAUGGGUUUCAAACAAAAUCAAAAAGAAGGAAGGUGCUCACAUUUUAAUUAAGGAGUAAUUCAUACAGUAUUCCUUAAGAAGGGACUUGGAGGAGUACUCCACCAAAAUGAGUGGAUAAACCAAGAAGAUGACAUUAGAUAGGACACAGGAGCUACAACACAGGAGAGAGCCAAUAGGAAUCCCUAGGAUCCUAGGAUGACUACAGGAUAAACAGUUCAUGUUGGAGAGAAACUUCAAGAAAAUGAAAAUGAUGGAAAUGCUUAUAGUUCUGAAUGACUAGAGAGAAGAUUUAAACAUCUGGGUGAAUUUGAUGAUAAACUGGUCCUCAAGACAUAAAAAAAAAAUACCUAACCAAAUACUACAGUUAAAGAAAAGUAUUGGUGAGAAUAUGGAGAAAUAUAUAUAACUCUGUCAUAAAAAAAAGAAAUGAAGUACUGACACAUGCUACAACAUGGAUGAACCUCAAUACAUUAUGCUAAGUGAAAGAAGACAGACACAAAAGUCAUAUUGUAUGUUUCCAUUUAUAUAAAAUAUCCAGAAUAAGUAAAUCUGUAGAGGCAGAAAGUAUAUUGGUAGCUCUAAGGAGCUAGACUAGGAUGGGGUGGGAAGAUAGGGAGUGACUACUUAAUGGGUACAGUUUUCUUUUGGGGUAAUGAAAAUGGAAUUAGAGGAAGUGGUUGCACAACAUUGUGAAUGUACUAAAUACUACUAGAUUGCGCACUUUAAAGUGGUUAAUGUAUGAAUUUCAUUUAAAAAAUUAAACUACUAACAAGACAAUUAUUACUUUCUACAAAAAUUAAAAUUUGUACAGAGAGGCAAAAUAAUAAUUUACUACAGGUUCAGUUCUGCAGUCAUGAUAAAUAAACAUAUAAUGUAAAAAUAUUGAUCUCACCAAAACUAUGCUAUAACUAUAAUAAAGGAAAUGCUAAAUGGAAAGGGUGUCAUGAGAAUAAGGGGAUAAGAGAUAAAGACUCAUUCUUCAGAAUAGCAAUCAGAGGGUUGAGCAAAUAUUUAAUAAGAAAAUGCAGGAAAAAGCGAGGGACAAAUUGUUUUAAAGUAUAUCCAAAUUCACAGACACUAAGCAUUCAUUCCACUCACUUAGG